AUGGCGCUGGACCCGGGAUCCUGCAUCUUCCGGCGCUUCGCCAAACUCAACGCUAAGAACCUGCUCUACCUCCAAGCGGAGCUGGCUUACCUCCAAGGGGACCUGGACCUUAACGCUCAAGAGGACCACUUCUCUGAUUCACUCAACCAACCAGAGCAGGAGUAUCCGUCGCAGCAGUGGCGGAAAAUCUUGGAGGCAAGGCAGCUAUUGAAGGAAUAUAACGAAGCUCUCAUCCAGCAAGCCCGGCUCCUCCGCUUUCCUUCCCCGGACGCCAAAAACAGUCAUGACCAGAAAUACCACCCCAUGGAUCAGUGGGACCGAAACGAGCGAGAUCUGAUCUCCUUGCGCAGUCGCCACGAGGGCGCCGAUGUAUUGACUCGGUGGGUGUUUAGGUCCGUAGUCCCGUGGUUGCAUCGGCGAUGGGGGUGGGAGGAUACAAGCCGGAAGGAUGCCGUCACAGAGGUCUGGUAUUACGAUAACCGCACUAUUAGGGACCACAUCUACUUGAUCAACUUAAUCAUCGCUGGACUCCUUCCGGCGACCUCCAUGAUUAUUCUGUACUACCUUCGCAGCACGGUGGUCCGGCUGGUGGUGAUCUUCGUCUAUAAUAUACUGUUUGUUCUGGUUAUGGGACUGAUGGUGAAGGCGCGGAAGGUGGACAUUUUUGCGACUGCGGCUGCAUUUGCUGCGGUUCAGGUGGCCAUGAUUACGAGCGGGAAUAUUAAUUCUUAG